ACAAACCGUCUCUCAACAUCUACCGAUCUCCAUUCUUAAAACCCAUUCUUAAAACCAACCAGAUGCCUGAAGUUCAACUAUGGCUUUCCUUGGGAAUGGCCUGAAUGUCUCCGGUCUCAUCCAUCCCCCAGGUUUCUAUUUAAUCGCAUUUGAGAAGUUCACUUCUAUCAAUCUUUACUUCAUCUUUCUGUCUCUCGUUUACAUCAUCACUGUGCUGUUCAAUCUACUACUGAUCUAUGUGAUUGCUUCAAACCGCAAUUUACACUCGGCCAAAUUCUUGGCCGUUUGCAACCUGGCAGUCAUCGACGUGGUGCUGAACUCCUGCACCAUCCCUGGCAUGAUCAAGUCGUUCCUGGUCAAAGACAACUUUCUCACCUUUGACGUGUGCCUGGUGCAGAUGUUCACCUACUACGCCUUUGUGUCGCUCGAGUCCUUCGCAUUGGCCGUCCUCGCCUACGACCGCCUGAUCGCUAUCUGCUUCCCGCUGCGCCAGAACUCUAUCAACACGCUGCUCAGCAUGUCGUGCGUGGUGGCUCUCACGUGGUCGUACACGAUGGGGGCCACGUUGUUCGCCAUUGUGAUCAUCAAAAGACUGUCCUUCUGUAACUCCGUCCGAGUGCUGAGCUACUUCUGCGACUACGCGCCCGUGUUCAGACUGGCGUGCAACGACAAUUCGCUGCACUGGUCCGUAGCCAGUUUCCUCAGCAUCACCAUUUUAUUGGGCCCAUUCGUCUUCAUCCUCCUUUCCUACAGCAGCAUCCUGGUCACCGUGUUCAGGAUGCAGUCGGUGGCAAGUCGUGGGAAGGCGCUGACCACGUGCGUGGAACACCUCAUACUGGUGGCUGUGUUUUAUAUUCCUGUUUUAACCAUUUUCACCAUUGGCUUCUACUCCAGCCUGAUCGAUACGGACCAGCGGGUGCUGUGUCUGUCGCUGUCCUCCUGCCUCCCGCCGGUCCUCAACCCCAUCAUUUACUCUUUUAGAACCAAAGAGAUCCGGCUCAGGGUAAGAGCGCUGUUCAGACGCGUCCCCGUCACACCGUCUGGGAGGCCUGCAAAGCACUGACUAUCUUUAGCAGGGCUAAAUUAAUCGAUGUAUGUAUAACUGUUAUGUUGCCAACCUUAAAACAACCCUUUGUUCCAACAUGACUGAAUGUCACAUUUGAACCAAAGGUUUUCAUGGCCAGUUGAUAAGGGGUCUUGCUCAUUGAAUUAGAAUUUUUGAAUAAUGGGUUUUAACCCUACAUUUGGUGUACUUUAAAUCAGAUUUCGUAAAAAGAUAUUGUUUAAGGCCUUUAAUUUGUGUAUUGCUUCAAAUUAUCUGAUCAUGUGGUUUCUUUCCCAACUUAAAGCAAUUGUUUGAUUUAUUCAUUGUUUUUGUUUCAUGGAGGUAAAUAAUGAUCGAACUUGAUUUACAUUCACCCAUAUUAUUAGACUAGUAUUUUUUCAAAUUAUUGUCCAUCAUUUUGGUCCUUAAUACAGCAUUAAGUAUAGAAGUCCUCUGUCUUUCCCUUUCUCUUCACACACAGAAAGACAACAUGUUGUUUUUCCAAUCAUAAUGUCCUAGUCCAAUCCUUUGUUGAAUUAAAACAAAAAAUGUCCUUGGAAAUACAUCAUGUCGGUUGAAAGUGGGAUGUGGAUCACUAUUACUGACCAUUUGUAAUAUAUAUCAGUAGUUUUCAGC